AUGGUAAUAGGACUCCCAGAAGGCUGCCUGCAGUGUCCCCCCCAAUGGGGCAUGUUUGCUGGCCAGGCAAAAGAAGAAACUUGCCACAUUCUAGGAAACCCAGCAGAUCCUUUGCUAUCUAAAAAUGGGGAUGUGAUGAUCGGAGCUAUUUUUCCAAUACAUGGUACACAGGUGCAGUCACUGGCAUAUACUGAAAAACCUCAACCUAUAAUCUGCAUUAGAUUUAACCUUAGAGGAUUACGACUUGCUCAGACCAUGACUUUUGCAAUCGAUGAAAUCAACAGGAGCAACCACCUGCUGCCAAACAUCUCAAUUGGUUACAUGAUUUAUGACAAUUGUGGCUCCAGAUUGUUAGGUAUGAAGGCAGCCAUGGCUCUGAUGAAUGGCAUAGACAUAACAGCUAAAGCCUGCUCUGGACAAGCAGCUGCACAAGCCAUUAUAGGGGAAUCAGACUCCACUCCUACUGUGGCACUCACAAAAACUACAGGACCUUUCAAUCUACCAGUGAUAAGUUAUGCUGCCACAUGUGAAUGCCUGAGUAACAGAAAUGAAUACCCUGCUUUCUUCAGGACCAUAGCGAGUGACUACUACCAGAGUAGAGCACUGGCAUAUUUGGUGAAGCACUUUGGCUGGUCUUGGGUGGGAGCUGUAAACAGUGAUAAUGACUAUGGCAAUAAUGGAAUGGCCAUUUUUCUGAAUGCAGCCAAAGAGGAGGGAAUUUGUGUUGAGUAUGCAGAGAAAUUUGAUCGGUCAGAUCCUGCCAAAAUAAAUAAAGUAGUUGACAUUAUUAAGAAAGGCACGGCCAAAGUAAUUAUUGUAUUUCUUGCCUACUUUGACAUGAACAUUUUAAUAGAACAGCUUAUUAUGAAGAACAUCACUGGCUUCCAGAUGAUUGGUGUUGAAGCAUGGAUUUCUGCUGUUGAUCUGGCAACACAAGCAAGUUACAAUGUGUUGGCUGGAGCCAUUGGUUUUGAUGUGGGAAAAUUGAACAUUGGUAGUUUUGCUGAUUAUGCUGUUAACAGAUUUUGGCAAACAGCAGUCCCAUGCUUACAUACAGAGGGAAACAAUUUUCAAAGUGAAAACAAUUGCAGUAAAUAUGAAGAUAUGAUUCAGUAUAAAAACUACAGUAAGGAUAUUUCAGAACUGAGAUAUGCAAACAAUGUGUAUAAUGCAGUUUAUGCUGUGGCACAUUCUCUACACAGUCUGUUGAAAUGCACUGAAAACCAGAGUUGUGAGAAAGACAAAAUAAUACAACCAUGGCAGGUUGUUACAGCUCUUAAAAAGGUCAAUUUUACCACUAAAGUAGGAGAACAGGUUUGGUUUGAUAAAACUGGGGCAAUGGCUGCAAGGUAUGAUGUGUUGAACUGGCAGCGAGGGUACAAUGGAGAAGUACAGUUUAAAGCAGUGGGUUAUUAUGAUGCCUCUCUGCCAAGUGGACAACAGUUUGUCCUAAAUUCUAAAGAUAUAUUAUGGGCUGGUGAGAAAAGAGAGAAACCAAGGUCUGUGUGCAGUGAAAGCUGUCCUCCAGGAACCAGGAAAGCUGUACAAAAAGGAAAACCUGUCUGCUGUUAUGACUGUAUACCAUGUGCAGAGGGAGAGAUCAGUAACCACACAGAUGCAAAUAACUGCGAGCAGUGUCCAGGAGAAUAUUGGUCUAAUGCUGAUAAAAAUAAAUGUGUUUUAAAAGUCAUAGAGUUUCUUUCAUUUACAGAGCUAAUGGGGAUAAUCCUAGUCAUAUUCUCUUUGGUUGGAGCUGCAUUGACUGUGUUAGUAGCUAUUCUUUUUCUAAUAAAAAAGGACACUCCUAUAGUUAGGGCCAACAACUCUGAGCUGAGCUUCCUGCUGCUCUUCUCACUGACUCUGUGUUUCCUGUGUUCACUUACAUUUAUUGGGCAGCCCACUCAGUGGUCCUGUAUGCUGCGGCACACUGCUUUUGGGAUCACAUUUGUACUCUGUAUCUCCUGUGUUCUGGGGAAAACAGUGGUUGUGUUAAUGGCCUUCAGAGCUACACUUCCAGGCAGCAAUGUCAUGAAAUGGUUUGGGCCUCUACAGCAGAGACUCAGUGUACUUGCAUUAACUCUCAUACAGGUCCUUAUUUGUGUGCUUUGGUUAACAAUUUCUCCUCCUUUCCCCUACAAAAACAUGAACUACUACAAGGAAAAAAUCAUAUUAGAAUGUAACUUGGGCUCAGCUAUAGGUUUCUGGGCCGUGCUGGGUUAUAUUGGAGUUCUGGCUUUCUUAUGCUUUGUUUUGGCUUUUCUAGCUAGAAAGCUGCCUGAUAAUUUCAAUGAAGCAAAAUUCAUCACAUUCAGUAUACUCAUAUUCUGUGCAGUGUGGAUCACCUUUAUUCCAGCUUAUGUCAGCUCUCCUGGAAAAUUCAUUGUAGCUGUGGAGAUCUUUGCCAUUUUAGCCUCCAGUUUUGCUCUGCUGUUCUGUAUAUUUACUCCUAAAUGUUAUAUUAUUCUGUUUAAACCUGAACUAAACACAAAGAAAAAUAUGAUGGGCAAAAUGGCAUCUAAAUCCUUUAAAAUAUUAAUAAAAGAGGGCAAACUCAGGCGGGACGGGGCAACUGCCAAGUCCCAGACAGGCACUCUGGGUUGUGACCGGGGCCUCAGUCCCUGGGUGCCGCGGAGAAAACGUUUCACCAAUGGGUGCCUACCCAGCGACUGCCCUGCAGGCGAGGCGAUAUAUGCCGUGAUGGCUAACACGGAACACACCGUGCUCACACCAUGA